CGUCAUCCACUCCCUCUCCCGCAUUCUUCAUUUCCCUCCCCAAUUCUCAAUUCCCAGAAGAAGGAAAACAGAACGCGAGCAGAAAUCCACGGCAAUGGCUUCUCUGACCUUCAUGUCAGUCAAUACAAGGCUUUGCCCACUCCAAUCCGCUCCAGCCCGAGUCUCCUGUAGCUCAACCCGACUCGUCGCGUUCGCCAAGUCCCACAGCUCGCAGAAGCUCAGUUCCACACACAGCAUAUCGGGUUCUCUCUCAGUUCUGUCGCCGAAGCCAUGCUCCGUCGCCUCGCUAUCUCAGAGGCUUCAAUAUCUCACCGUUUUCGCCGCCAAAGGGUACAAAAUGAAGACCCAUAAGGCCUCAGCGAAGAGGUUCAGGGUGACGGGAAGAGGGAAGAUAGUGAGGAGGCGAGCUGGGAAGCAGCAUUUGCUGGCGAAGAAGAAUACCAAGAGGAAAUUGCGCUUAUCGAAAAUGCACGAAGUCAGCCGGAGCGACUACGACAACGUGAUCGGUGCAUUGCCGUACCUGAAAGUGAACAGACUGGCAAAGUAGAUUUCUCGGCCUCAUUGGCUAGUUAUACUCUCGAGUCCAUUAGCCACUUAUGGCUGCUUGCUUACAUUUUAUGUGCACAAAGGGUGAGAACUUCCCUUGAUGUACCGUUCUUUGUAAUUCUGCUGAACACAUAAUGAUCAGUUUUAGCUGGUUUCUUUUGCUUCUUCCUAUUCAAUGCACACUUUGAUGAUUUCUAGGUUGUUUCUAUUGAUGUCAACAAUUAAAACAAACCCUUUGAUGACUAAUUCUAAAAGCUGACGAACAUGGUACAAGGCAAAAUGGAGCUGUCGCGCUGUCGGACAUGUUCAUGGACUUUAAGUGCAGUAGAAGUAUACAAAGACAAAUUCAACACGUUCUCCUUGUGCUUGUCUUUUUUAAUCCAUUGAAACAAAGGCGAGUGAGUCACCAUUGUGGACAAUUGGUCAUCAAUACGUGGCCUUCCUACGAAAGCAAUUUGUCUUUCUUUAAUUUAUUAAGCUGAUGCUUUUCUUCAUGCCCAUGAUUACUAAUCAUGCACUUAACCAAGAGCCAAAGAGGUGGCCAUAUUUGGAUUUGGAUGAAAUUAAUAUUAACUCAUGAAUUUACAUUAACUUCCGUUUUCGAUUGUAUAUACGUUCGACCAAAUAUUAAUAUAGAAAUCGAAGUGCCAUAUUGAGUUUGAUGUUUAUUCUAUUCGGGAAAAAAAAAAAAAAUACCGACUGAUAGAUUAUUAUAUCAUACCAAUUCUCAUCUUGAUCUUAAACAUGUUUGAUCAUAUUCAAUUAGAGAACUUGAUGUCAUCGCACUGUACUCGGGGCUUACUCUACGAAUCUUGAGAAAAUUCUGGAUUAGAAGCACCUGAUGCAUUGGAAAAUCAUUAAUUAACAACCUAGAAGGGCAAAACUCUACUGUCGUGGGUUUCACUCCUCCCACCAUAUAAGAAUGUUGAACACCAACGUAUCAAUCACGCCUUGUUGUUACGAGAACUCAUUCAUAGAGAUACGAAGGCACAUUGUUUUUCUUUAUUACGAGGAACACCCUUUACGAAUUGUAUCGACACAAAGCUUACAAAUAGGACAAAUAUCCUAAACAACUUCUCAAAAAAUCCAAGAAUGAUCUAUAAUGUGAUUAGAUUUUUUACUUCAAGUUCAUCAAAACAUUAACAUCAGAUUUUUUUUAUAUAUGUACACAUGUUGUGGCUAUGUCACACCUUUUAGCUUGUGAACAAGAGGUCAUUGUGGUGCUUACCCACUUCCACCUUCACCCAAUUAUUAAUCUAAUAAGAAUUUAACUCUUAACCCUACUUAACACUUAUCUCAACAUUAAAUAAUAUCAAAAUUUGCUGGCCUCCCAUAGUUCUUAGUAGGAAUUUCACCUGGCAUGUUUCAACCUUAUCCAUUCCCUCGUUCACAUAACAAAAAAAUAUAAAAAAAAAUUCCACUACCCAUUAAUAAAUUAUUCAACAAAAGCUUUGGAAAAAGUGGGGGGAAAAUUCCGUCUGGAUUUUGAUUGGUCGCCGGGAGACUUUGUGCCGACGGACGGCGGAAAGAGAUGCGACCUCACAUUCCAUCUACUGAGGCCGACCACACACUAUGACGGCAUAUCGAGCCUACGUGUCGCCGCGCGGCGCCAUAAUUUCUCGAAGCUACCCUCCAGAUCGGCCGCCACGUGUCCCGUCAGACCAACCACCGCCGUCAUUUAAAACGACAAAAAUAACUGAGGGAAGUGGGGCCCCGCCAUUUUAUCCAAAAUAGACUCUUACGUGUCGGCCAGCACGUGAAUUUUUAAAAGUUUCCGUCGGAAAGUACGGACGGAGAGACUCCCGUGAACCAAACGAGCCGGAAAGUUCAACCGGUUCAAACCGUUUUUUCUAUUGCGGUUGAACCAAUUCAAUUCGAUAUCUUGACUUUUUUUUUUUUUGUUGCAAUCAUACGUUAUGUGGAAGUUAGGUUAGCAAUAAUGUUUAUGCUGAGUU